CCCGAGCCUCCCCUCCCGAGCGCUGAAUCGUUGCUCGAUUUUGUCUUCUGGUUUUUGCCGUUAUCAUUAUCUGAUCCUCUCUCGAUUCUUCCCCGAUGGCCACCUCACCAUCACCUAACGCUUCUAAUCUUUAAUUUGGGGGAUCUGGUAUGCCCUUGUUGGAUCAGACUCAGUAAGGUGUGCUUCGUCAUCCGACCAACGUUUCCCGUUACCGCGACUAUAAAGCCGCCCUAUCCGGACACUCUCUUUCAUCACUCGCCAACAUGGAUUCAUCAAUGACAUCGGCGUUCAGACGCGCUGCCGAAAGCAGUACACAAGCAGUCGGCGGUCUAGCAAAACGAAUCGCCAUCCCGCUCAAGCCUAACAGUCCCCCUGGUCUAGUCCAAGCAUUGACAGUAGACCCGUGGUCCAAGGCCGGCAAAUAUGGACUGGGAUGGACGUACUUUUCGCUUAUCAUCGUCGGUCUCGUGUUGUUCAUGAGGAUAUGGCACUUCUGGCAGGACAAGAUUCGACAGGCGAUAUACAAGCAGGAGAUGGAGGAACACUUUCGACAGCUUUACAGCCUGGAACCAGAGUGGGAUAGGUCAGCAGCAUUAGCCACAGGAAUGACAGCAGCAGAAUCGAGACGACAUUUCUUUCCCGAUGAACCGCCUCUCGAAGAGAAAGACUUCAAGCCGAAAGCUCACUUCUCGUCCAUCGGCUUUGUCAACGACACGUUGGCCCUGUUCCGAUGGGUGUUUUACCGGCCGAUUCCCGAUAUUGUAUGGAAGAAACAUCGGUUCACCUUCUCAUCCCUCGCCGUCUUGUUCUGCGUCUUUGUUUCCAUUGCCUUCGUAACGAUCUACUGCUUUCUCCAGCAGCCGCUUUACUGGCAGAGCAUUCGGUUCGGUUCUCCCCCGGUCGCUAUCCGUGCCGGCAUGAUUGCGGUUGCUAUGACCCCUUGGAUCGUCGCCACGAGCACAAAAGCCAACCUUCUUACCCUCAUCACCGGCAUCGGCCCCGAGCGCCUCAAUGUCUUUCACCGAUGGCUUGGAUACCUGUGCCUGUUUCUUUCGUUAGUUCACAUGGUCCCGUUCUAUGUGCAGCCAGUGUGGGAAGAUGGAGGUAUGGAGGUCUUCGGAAAGCUGUUCCCCCCCGGCAGCGGAAUCAUCUAUGGUUCCGGUAUUGCUUGCUUGGUACCUUUAUGCUGGCUCUGUGUUGGCUCACUGCCUUUCAUCCGACGAAUGGCCUAUGAGGUGUUUGUCAUACUUCACAUACCGGUUGGCGUGAUCUACGUCGGCUUGCUCUUCUGGCACACCAAGAACUUCUUACUAUCAUGGGGUUACCUGUUCGCUUCCGUUGGCAUCUUCGUCGUUUGCAACAUUAUCCGACUUUUCAACUUGAACUGGGCCAAACCUUGGCGAAUGGCCUGGUUGAUUGGCGACGAGGCGGCUAUCAAUAUUAUGACCGAGAAUGCCAUCAAAGUGACUAUUCCAACUCAGAUGCGUUGGAAACCAGGGCAAUACGUUUAUCUACGUAUGCCCGGCAUCUCUCUCUUUGAGAACCAUCCCUUCACCAUCUCAUCAUUGUGUAGCCAAGACUUUCCCUCUGAGUACGGCGAGAACUACAGGGAUUGCGUGUUGGUCUUUCGGCCGUACGGCGGCUUCACAAAGAGAGUCCUCGAAACCGCCAUAGAAAAGGGACCCUUCCACACCUACCGUGCUUUUCUUGAUGGGCCAUACGGAGGCAUGCGUCGGGAUCUGGCCGCUUUCGAUACAUGCAUUUUGAUUGCGGGCGGUAGUGGCAUCACUUCUCUGAUGUCACAGCUACUUAACCUCAUCAAGAGGAUGCGUGAUGGAAAAGCCAUUACCAAGAAGAUUGUGGUUGUCUGGUCACUGAAGCGUCUCGAGGCCAUGGAUUGGUUCCGCGAAGAACUCCGUAUCUGCAGAGAGGCAGCGCCUCCUGAGAGCGUGACCUGCAAGUUCUUCGUCACAUCUGCACAACGCCAGCAACUCAAUGCUGGAAUACCUCACGGCCGCGCGCCGAGACCAUUGAGCAACCUUUUCCACGAUAAGCUGGAUGGGUUUGUCUCAAACAUCGCUAACAAGCGGAACAGCGCGCUGAUCAUGGCGGAGGCGCAGGGCGAUCCAGAAAGAGAGCGUGAGCUACGCGCUGAAGAUGAGGACCGGAUUACCGCCUUGCCGCAACAAAAAUAUCUACAACCUCAUCAUUUCCCUCCUCCGCCUCCGGGGCCGCCACCUAACCAUCGAUAUUCCGUUGCUGAGGAUACACUCCGCAAGCUCGAAGGGCGCGAUGUCAAAGACCCAUCGCUGAUGAACCCAGUCGACAGUAAGGACGGCGUCAAGAAGGAUGGCGAAUUCCAUUUUCCAGCCAUCGCUCCACGGCCUGAUAAGGCUCCGCACUUCAAUUACGCACCACCAGCAGCAAAACAGCGAUACAGUCAGUGGCUUGCCCAAACAGGAGGUGAUCCUGAAUCACAGGGCCGACCCAGCUACGUGACCAUGAGAGAAUCUGAGGACCCGGACUACCAACAACAAGCAGACCGACAGCAAGAGCAACACGAAGAAGGAGUCGAGUACAACAACAACAACAACAACAACAACAACAACAACAACAACAACGGCAACACUUAUCCUGGCCAAGAUGCCUCACAAUCACCUUACCCAAUACCACCUCCUCCUCCUGGACCUCCGCCUGGACACAACCCCGCUGUUGCCGCCGCUGUCACUGCCGAAUCCGCUCCUGCUCCCCAAGCGACUCAACCGGUUCGGCCCCCUGAACUAGCCCACCUCCGCACCGAUAACCUCCCAGCGGCCCAGCGGCCCGCUACCCGUGCAACCUCCACCUUCGGGCCCCCCUCCGGCUUUGACUUUGGCUUUCCUAACACGCCGACCGAGUUUCAGAAAUCGCUCAUGCGCUUCGCCUUCCCUGUACCGCACCAGAUCGACGGCGGCUGGAGCGUCGAGUACGGCCGCCCGGACCUGGGGUACAUGCUCAAGGAGUGGGCUACGGGUGGGCCCGAUGGCAGAGGCGUUCUCGGACGUAGGACGGCCGUCUUCGUGUGUGGGCCGGCGAGUAUGCGGGUUGGUGUGGCGAACACGGUGGCUAGGCUGCAGGCGGAGAUUUGGGGGGAUGAUAUGUUGGAGGAGAUCUUUUUGCAUACGGAGAAUUAUGCUCUGUGAGGGAGUGGCCUUAGAGGAAGAAGAAAGGCGGCGUGUACUCUUGCUCUUUUUGUUUUGUUUUUGAGAUACCUACGUUUUUCUUCUACUUGUUUGGGUGUGUACGAAGUGUCAGCUACCCUUUG